GUUUAUUGUUCAUUGCUACACUAUUUAUCCCUCCACAGAAUGAGGUAAGCAUAUGGAUCGUCGGCAUCGUACGAGCCGAGCUGUGGGCUAUAGAAGGCUGAGGCGUACAGCUUGAUUAGAGCUGGUCGGCUUUGAACGGGGCUUUCGCAUGGGAAGGCUUGAGUUGAGCUUUAUGAGGCAUUAUCUCUACCACCUUGUGGAGAUGUCUGCUGGCAAGUCCUGAUGCGUUAUCCGGGCGAGCAAGCAGGUGACAUAGAUCGGCCUGGGCCGCGCCACAAGUGUCACCUUUUCAUGUGGUGUACAGUUUACGAUGCUCCCAUCAUUUUGGUUACAAUAACAGGUACGCGAUCAUUCCCAAGGAUCGGCACGAGGCCGGGGCGCAGGAGGAUGUAAACAAGCAGGGAUGAUGGUGUUGGGUGGAGGCGGAGGUCGGUCUGAUGAGGAACCACUUUCCGCAUGCCCGCAGAACAUGACACGUGGUGGAGAUCCAUAGCAAAGGGAGUAGAAAUCCAGUUCCAGAUCGGGGGGGCCAGCUUGGGCCCACAGCUGACUGGACUGUGUGAUGCUUCCGCGUGUCCCAGGUAGAGAUACACCACCCAGCAUCCUCCUCUUUUUUGCCACUGACUACUUCCUAUUCGAUAAUCACUGACACUCCGAAACCACCCUUCUUUCGCUCUGACCCACAGACGCCGCCAUAUACGCCUUCAAUUACAAACCUUCCAAGCUCCGCAAAAAAAAAUCCCUUGCUCCAAUGUCUGCGCCCUGGGGUCUCUGGGGUGGAGGUGGGGCCGGGAUGCUGCCAGCCAUGGGAGGUUACUGGGCUUUCCCUGGCGGCUUGCCAAGCUCAACCGCAUUCGUAUCCAAUCCCGAAGGCGCUAUCCGCGACAUGACAGAGCACGACACGAACCACACGCGCGAUGUCGGUCCAGAUGACUCGCGCCUUGCAUGGUAUGAAGAGUGGGGCAAGACAGAGUCUUACCGAAAAAUCAUUAUGGAAGUGUUGAAAGCGCGCUUAGAGCUCUCAUGGCCAUAUAAUUACAAGGCCCUUAUGAUUCUCGCAAAAAUGCCAGAUCCCGCCAUUGUCACUCUCCACGAACAACUCGGAAAACUCUCUGAAGCCGCUGACUCGGUCGUCGGGGCCGAGCAUAUCAAGAAGAUUGCAAAACCGAUAUUCGAACGGUCUGUUAAGGAAAAAAAGAAGAAGGAGGAUGAAGAAGCAAAGAAGAAACAAGAGGCUAUCGCUGCCAUGUGGGGAGGUUUAUGGGCGAAUGACGGAUAUACAGCACCGGCGAUUGCCACGAAUGGUUGGGCGGGGUGGCCGUAUCCGUACCCAAUGCCACCAGGAGUAGCAGCGCAAAUGAUGGCGGACUGGAAAGGUAAAGGUCUCGAAGGAUGGCAGCCGUAUGUACUUGCAGGCCACUACUCCCCAUAUACUCUAUAUGGCUGGCCGAAGACCUAAGGCACCCAUAACAACUUUACCGCAGCAUUAUCCAUGUUCGAGAACCGGUUUUUAUGGGAUAAGGCAAGAAGAAGAGGCAAACAAAAUGAAGGAGAAACCUGCGGCAGUGCAUGUGAGUCUUGGGGCGGGAAAAAACAAGUCUAUCAGAAAAAGCGUAACAUUCAGUCUACCUGAGGUGUACGCAAAGGCGGAAAAAGACCUAGCCGCAAGAAAUUGGUAACGGACUUGUGGCUUGAUAUCAAAAGUACUAUACGGAACAAUCACGAUAUACAACGUCGGACAAGGUCUUUACGUAAUGACACGAAAUAUGAUAGGCGUAUGUAUAACGUCGU